AUAAACGAGGAAGGGAAAGAUCAUCCACGCCGUGAACUCCAGGGGAAGACAAUGUCCACCUUCAGGUAUGGAUCCAGUGUUGGUCCUUCAAGGUUCACAGGAAACGCUCAGGGGUUCCAGGAGGAGGAUGAAGGAAAACCGGUCGAUGAUGCCGAUCCAAAUGCAAUAAUUCAGUGCCCUUAUGAUAAGAACCAUCAGAUUCGGGCGUGUCGCUUCCCCUUUCAUAUUGUCAAGUGUGCCAAGAAUCACCCCGAACUAGCACGCAGUCUUAAGACGUGCCCCUUCAAUGCCAAGCACAUGGUUCCCAGGGAUGAACUGGCAAAUCAUAUUGCGCACUGUGUGAAUAAGCAACCGCUUACUCCUGAUAGUGAGGGGAUCACAAAGAUGGACCCAAAGUUUCAUGUGCCUAUGAAGUGGACAGCCCCUGAUUGUGAGGAGGACUGGGAAACGGAGACUGAUGAUAAUGCUGCUACAUUUGUGUGGGGCGUGUCCAAAAAUCUACUGUCCGUAAAUAAGCCCGAGCCACGAGCCACAAACAUCUUGAAUCCUGGAGUCCGUGCACCUCGAACUCUCCCCUGGAAGUCCUGAAAAAUCCCUUCCUCGUGUUUUGGUCUGUGUAUUCAGCCAGCAUUGAUGCAACUGAAGAACGAUUUUAGUGAACUUUUAAAAUCGCACCGCAUGCUUUUCUAUACGCUUCUUAAACUGUAUUUUAUUUGACUAUGUGGGGUUUUUGUGUCUGCUUGUUGUUGUUUUUUUUUUUUUUCCUACUUUUCCUUGAAUUAUUAUUAUUUUUUAAACCUGCUUAAAACUGACCCUUGUUCCCUGGGUUUGAAUUAACACACCAAUUUGGCUUCUGUUCAAAUGUCUUGCUCCUGUACAUAAGAUCUGAAGGGGGAACUGUAAUCAGUUGUUCUUAUUAAUAAAUGCAAAACUAUUUAAAACGUC